GGCAACUGGCGAGUUGCAGGGAACAAUGGAAAUACGGUGCAGCAUAAAAUCCACCGCAUUUUUAUUUUAAACUCCCUCAAUAUAAUAAAAUUCCUCAUAUUUUCCCUUAAUUACCCCCUCUUAUUCAGUGCCAAUUUCUCUCUCUCUCUCUCUCUCUCUCUCUCUCUAAGAUCGCGCCAAAAAAUUCACCAUUUCAUCACCGAAUCCUCUCCAUUCUACAGCAUUGAAAGAACGAGGAAUUCAAGUCUCUACAAGCAUGUGCCGUUCUGAGAUUCGCGAACAGGAUUUACCAGAAGGUCUCAAUCAGGGAAGAAGAUCCAAUAAGCUUUAGAAAACUUUUCUUCCUUCUUGCAUAGAAAAAGAAAAGUCGGGUUAGGCCAUGUGAAACCGAUUCGCAUUCAUUUAAUUACCAAUUUGGAAGUCUUUUUGUUAGUGGGUCAUUUUCAGAAACAACAAUUAUCUGAUAAGGAAACCAUGACAUUGGCUUCCCCAAAGGGCUCUCAUAAAAUGGCUGUGUUCCCUCGGAGCCUUUCCUCCAUUGCAUCCUUAGUGGCAGUACUAGCAUUGUUCUUGAUUUUUGCUUCUUGGCUUCUAGUUUCGUAUCCGAUCGGUUCAACUGUUAGAGUUUAUUUUUAUGGUGUUGAUAGGAAAAUAGUUUUGCCUGCUUCUACCUUUGAUAAAAGUGCUGAUAAGGAUGUAGAUUACAAUUAUAAGAAUUCAUCAUCUGGGUCAAAUUUAGAACUGCCCAUGAUGAGUUCAAAUAGUUCUUCUGUUGUUGAUAAAAAUGUAAAUGCACAAGUACCCAUUACAUCUUCUGUUGAUAAGGAUUCGAUACCAUCUGAGUCUAAUCUAGAACUGCCUACUAGUCCCAAAGAUUCAUUUGAUUCAAACGAUAAUGAGAUGCUGAAGAAACCUGUAGAGCUUUCAGAACCAUCGCCUAGAGCAACAGAAAAGAAGGUGGACACUUCCAGUUCUGCGCCUAGCAAUGCAUCUGAGAGCAAUUCAGUUGAUUCAGGCUGUGACCUGUACCAAGGAAAGUGGUUCUAUGAUCCACUAGGGCCAUUAUACUCCAACAACUCUUGCCCUGUCCUUACACAGAUGCAGAAUUGCCAGGGUAAUGGGAGGCCUGACAAGGAAUAUGAGAAUUGGCGUUGGAAACCCUCUCAAUGUGACCUCCCCAGAUUUGAUGCCAAGAAGUUCCUAGAGUUGAUGAGAGGAAAGACACUUGCUUUCAUUGGUGACUCUGUUGCUAGAAAUCAGAUGGAAUCAAUGCUGUGUCUUCUCUGGCAGGUUGAAGUUCCAAAAAAUCGAGGAAACCGAAGAAUGCAACGAUGGUUUUUCAGGUCAACAUCUGUAAUGAUUGUCCGGAUAUGGUCCUCUUGGCUUGUCCAUCAAACUUCUGAAAAAUUCGACUUUGCUCCAGAGGGUGUUACCAAGCUGCAUCUUGAUGCUCCUGAUAAUAGCUUCAUGGAAUUCAUCCCAAACUUUGAUGUGAUUGUUAUUUCUUCUGGCCACUGGUUUGCCAAACAGUCUGUCUAUAUCUUUAACAAUGAGAUUGUUGGAGGACAAUUAUGGUGGCCAGAUCGUUCUCAUCCUAUGAAGGUUAAUAAUAUUGAAGCAUUUGGAAUAUCUGUGGAGACAAUUCUGUCAGCAAUUGUUACAUAUCCUAAUUACACAGGCUUGACUAUCCUACGUUCCUUUUCUCCUGAUCAUUAUGAGGGUGGGGCUUGGAAUACAGGUGGAUCAUGCACCGGAAAGGUAAAGCCACUUGCAGCUGGUGAAUUAGCGGAGAAUGGCUUUACAAAUAUAAUGCACAAGAAACAGGUAAUGGGUUUUGAACGUGCUGUUAAGACGGCGAGAAAUAAGUCCAAGUUGAGGUUGAUGGAUAUUACCCAAGUCUUUGGGUAUCGCCAUGAUGGGCAUCCAGGCCCUUAUAGGAACCCCGAUCCAAAUAAGAUCACAAAACGUGGUCCGGAUGGAAAGCCUCCACCUCAAGAUUGUCUGCACUGGUGCAUGCCAGGUCCUGUUGAUACCUGGAAUGAACUUGUGCUCGAAAUUAUAAGAAGAGAAUUUGAGGGCCAUCAAAACUUUUCAUCAUAAGUUUGAUGUGUUUCGGUCUGAAAGUCCCACAUCAUCGUGCUUUUGUAAUUGAAACAGUAAGAUAUAUUCCUUUUUUUUUUUCCUUAGAGAAAGGGCGUUUGGGAGAGAAAUUACAUGUUGUAUCAGCAGAUAGGAAUAUUGA